CUGAGCAGAGGAAGCUCUGUGAGUCUGUUUCUGUCACAGUGAAGAGUGCAGGCGAAGCUGAGCGGAACAGGAUGCAGGCUAUCAAAUGUGUGGUCGUGGGAGAUGGAGCGGUGGGAAAGACAUGUCUUCUCAUCAGCUACACAACCAAUGCCUUCCCCGGGGAGUACAUUCCUACAGUAUUUGACAACUACUCAGCUAAUGUGAUGGUGGACAGCAAGCCAGUCAACCUGGGACUCUGGGAUACAGCUGGACAAGAAGACUACGACAGGCUCCGCCCACUGUCCUACCCACAGACGGAUGUUUUCCUGAUUUGUUUCUCCCUGGUGAGCCCAGCGUCCUAUGAGAACGUCAGAGCCAAGUGGUACCCAGAAGUUCGCCACCACUGCCCCUCCACACCCAUCAUCCUGGUGGGCACCAAGCUGGAUCUGAGGGAUGAGAAGGAUACCAUUGAGAAGCUGAAGGAAAAGAAGCUGGCACCGAUCACCUACCCUCAGGGCCUGGCCCUGGCUAAGGAGAUAGAUGCAGUCAAGUACCUGGAGUGCUCCGCCUUGACCCAACGCGGCUUGAAGACUGUGUUUGAUGAGGCAAUCCGAGCCGUGCUCUGCCCCCAGCCCACCAAAGUCAAGAAGAAGCCCUGCUCACUGCUGUAAAUGGACCACAAGAAGAGAGAAAGCGAUCCAGACUGAUGACCUGAGCUUAAAGACGAAGAUUUAAAAGUUCUGUUAUGUUUCUAAUAGAAAACUAUGACUAGAUUGCCACUAGUUAAAAAAAAAAAAAAAAAAAAAUGCUUCUACGGUUAUUAAAAAAUGGUAGCAAACCUUUCUGUACAGCAUACUCUGUAGUAUCUCUGUGGUAUAAAAGAUGAAAGAAAAUCACUAAAUGUGGAUGCAACAGACUGCAGUUCACACACUAUUUUCACCAUUAGUUUAAACAUACUGUAAAUCAAGAGGAGAAUGCUAGGUUUAUUCAACGUACGUAAAUUCCUGCAGCUCACUGCUCUUUUGGGGCCAAAAAUACAUACAGGUGUCUUGUGCACCUUCACAUAAUGAUAAAAGUUGUUACUACGUGCACAGAUAAAGUUGCAAUAAAAUCGGUUCAUGAUGUCUUAUAACAGUUGUAUUAAGAGUAACGAUCAAUGGUACAUUAAAUAAAUAAAUAAGGCUCAGGGAUGUAGCUUUUGUAUGAGCUGGGAGCUGAACAAUGUUGUAUUUGAAUAAAAGUUAUUAACAAACGUAUUAUUUGUUGUGAUAUUAAAAUAAAGGACAUUUUAUCAAAUAAAA